AUGAUAUAUCCUAGCCCUAUAAGGCUCUACAAGCUUUCAGAAACGAAAUCACACAAAGCUGAGAUGGUAAGAACAAUGGUGAAAAAAUUGCACUCUGAAAAGCAUAUUCAAGAAGAAUCAGAAAAAGCGGAAGAUUUGAGGUCUAUUAUGAAGUACAAAAAGGCGUGGAGAGAAUAUUUAAACGAACUGCUGAUAAGGAGCAGGAAGAAAAACUACGCCAAUAAAAGAGAGUCUCCUUUAGUAAGUAUGACGACAGCAAGAGAUAUAGGAGUACAAGAAACGCCUAAUAAAGAAAAAAACUGCAGAGCUAUUGAUGAAGACUUAACUCUCUUCCAUAAGCAAUCAUUCAUAAAAGAUCAAGAAAAUUUUAAAGAUGAAGGCAUUCAAGUGGAUACUUCAAUAACUAAGUCACCAAAAACAGAUUUAUCUCCAAAAAUAUGGAGAAACAAACGGUCGCUUAGCCCGAUUGAUUUUUUCAAAAUGACAAAUGAAAGAACUAUUAUUAAAGUAGCAAAAGUAGAUUCUCCAAAUCAUAGAAAGUCUAAUACUCCACUUUCGGAUUUUGACAAUACAUGCAACUCGAAUGGAGAGAAACAUGAACACUCUAAAUCGGUGAAAUCAGUGCCAAGGCAUGUUUCUUUUGAAAAUGACCCUUCAAAAGAAAUUUAUUCUGCUUUGACCCCAAAACUGAAGCACUUAAAUAAGCCAGAUUUAUAUGAAAACCAUAAAAAUAGGCCUCCAAAAAUUCAAAAAACGAAAGAAUUUACUGAAAAUGUGAAAAGUAAUUUUAUGCCGAAGAGAGAUUUUAAUAAGUUCAUUGAAGUUGAGGCAAGAAAGCAGCCAAGCGAUAUUGGGAAGAAAUUAAACCGAAUAAGAAGACUGAAGCUUUCAGAGCUUAGUAUAUCUUAA